AUGCCUCGGAAAGCCAGAUCGAAGCCGCAACCGGCCCUGGAACCUGAAUCUGACGGGCACGAAACCGCCUCAGACGGAGGCCAAGAUCUCACUGUCGGCGAUCCUCCCCAAAUUGAUCCCUACGCUGUCCUGCACCUCUCUGAAACUGCUACCUCUGACGAAAUCAAAUCCGCAUAUCGCAAACUCGCCCUCAAGCACCACCCAGACAAAGCUCCGCCCGAAGAACGUGAAGCCGCACACCAAGCCUUUCAGCAAAUUGCAUUUGCUUAUGCCAUCCUCAGUGACGAGCGAAGACGCAAACGCUACGAUGCCACGGGUAACACGGCUGAGAGUGCAAACAUUGAUGACGAUGAUUUCAACUGGGUAGAUUUCUUCCGAGAACAGACAGAGAACGUGGUGACAAGUGAUAUGAUUGAACAAGUCAAGAGGGAGUAUCAGGGUAGCGAAGAAGAGAAAGAAGACGUGUUGGCAGUAUAUGAGCAGGGCGAGGGCGACAUGGAUGCAAUCUUUGAGAGAGUCAUGUGCAGCGAUGUUGUGGCGGACGAGGACCGGUUCAGAAAGAUAAUUGAUGAGGCGAUCGCCCAAGGCGACGUCGAGGCCUACAGUCGUUACACCAAGGAGGAUAAGAAAAGUAGGAACCGGAGGAAGGCAAAUGCAAAGAAGGAAGAGGCAGAAGCAAGAGAACUGGCCCAGGAGCUAGGAGUCGCGGAAAAACUCUUCGGCAAGAAAGACUCUGGCAAAAGGUUGUCGAAGGCAGGCGGGGACAACAGUGAUGCGCUCAAAGCUUUGAUUCAGCAGCGUCAGCAAAACAGGGCUCAGAAUUUCUUUGAUGAUCUGGAAGCAAAGUAUGGGGGUGGCGCAAAGAAGGGGAAGCGUAAAGCCUUGGACGAACCUCCCGAGGAGCUGUUUCAGAAAAAUUCAAAAAGAGGAAAGAAAGGGACCAAAUCUUGA